GAUCGCAGGCUCAGUGAUGAAUGGGAUGCUGCCAAGGUGCCUCCGAGUCGGUUCCAGAAGCGCAAAGGCUCAAUAUAUGCCACGCCGAGCUCGCGUGAUGGCCACGUCGAUAAGAACAAAGUCGAGAAAUAUUUCGCCAAGAUUGCCGAG